UCACAGUGUGACACCCGGCGGAUGUAAACAAAGAAGCAUGAGCAGAGUUUGCUUCACUGCGGUGUGGACUGAGCUAUAAAACGGCUGUAUUAUAGUAUGAAUGAGAAAUAUCAGAGCGAUAAAGUAACGAUGUGUUCAGUUGAGUAUCUGAGAGAGUUGAUCAGCGACAGACUAGCUGCUGCUGCUGGAGAAAUAUUCUCAGAGUUUGAAAAAACCAUCGUCCAGUACCAGGAGGAGAUCGAUCGUCAGCGCAGACUGCUGGAUGUCAUCUGGAAACCACACAUCCCCUUACAGCCCAUAGAGCUCCCACAGUCUUAUGUCUGUGAGAAUGAGAAGACUGUUGUUGACCAUCAGCCCCAUGACCAGGAGAGAAACUCCAUGGUGGACCAUGAGGACCCAGAGCCUCCACGGAUUAAAGACCAGCAGGAGGAACUCUGCGCCAGUCAGGACCAAUCAAACCCAGAGAUUUCUCAAAUUAAAAUGGAACAGGAAGAAUUGUGCACCAGUCUGCACCAAUUAGACCCAGGGUUACCACAAAUUAAAGUGGAACAGGAUGAACUCUGCUCCAGUCAGGAUGAAGAGUUAAUUGGAUUGAAACAGGAGACUGAUACCUUUGAUGUGACUCCUGCUGAUGAGGAAAGUGACCACAGUGAACCAAAACCAAACAGUGAUCAGCUCCUGUUUCACAUCUCUUGUGUAGCUCUGAGCCCAGAUCAGGAAGGAAGCAAGGAUGUAGACUCAGGAUCAACUAGAUGUAUCGAGCUGAAACCAAGACAUCAGAGUAACAACAGUCACAGUAAUGAUGUAGACAAUGCUCCAACAUCAGCGAGACAGUGUGAUAAUGACAAGGCAAGAAAAUCUGUAACUUGCAAAGUCUGUGGAAAAGCUUUUUGUUGUAAAUCAGAUUUAAUCAAACAUCACAAAACCCACACAGGUGAGAAGCCAUAUUCUUGUGAAACCUGUGGAAAAAGCUUCAGUCAACGGGUCCAUUUGACUGUUCACAUGAGAUGUCACACAGGUGAGAAGCCGUAUGUUUGUGGAACCUGUGAAAAAAGCUUUAGUCAACGGACCUCUUUGACUGACCACAUGAGAUGUCACACAGGUGAGAAGCCAUAUUCUUGUGGAACCUGUGAAAAAAGCUUUAGUCAACGGACCUCUUUGACUGACCACAUGAGAUGUCACACAGGUGAGAAGCCAUAUUCUUGUGGAACCUGUGAAAAAAGCUUCAGUCAACGGACCUCUUUGACUGACCACAUGAGAUGUCACACAGGUGAGAAGCCAUAUUCUUGUGGAACCUGUGAAAAAAGCUUUAUUCGACGGACCUCUUUGACUGAACACAUGAGACGUCACACAGGUGAGAAACCAUAUGUUUGUCACAUUUGUGGAAAAAGAUUUUCUGGUUCAUCAGCACAUAAUAGGCACAUGGCAGUUCACAAAAUGGGAAAACCAUAUUCUUGUGGAACCUGUGGUGAAAGCUUUAGUCGACAGGACCAUUUGACUGUCCACUUAAGACGUCACACAGGUGAGAAGCCAUAUUCUUGUGGAACCUGUGGAAAAAGCUUUAAAUAUAGUUAUCAAUUAAAAGCCCACAUGAGAAUCCACACAGCUGAGAAGUCCUGAUCCUGAAACAUCUGUGGAAAACAUAAUGUCAGAAUUAAGGUUGAAACAACAUGUAAGAGUUGGUACAGGUUAAAAGUAAAUGUUUUAGAUUUAAAGCACCUUUAGUCUGUGGUUCAACAACAACUGUGAGGAAGUAUGUAAGCAAUCCUUGAUGAUUAGACCAGAUGGAGUCUGGACUGUGGUGGUGGAGCAGCAGGCAGAAGAACCAAACUGAAUGUCUGGAUGGAUAUGGUAUUGGUACAGACUGCUACAUUUCUGCUAUCAUGACAUCCUUCAUCAGCAGAGCACUGAUUGGAGAUAUUGUGAAGCUGUUUGGAACAUUUUCACAUCCUGCUGAGAGAACAUGGCUGUUCAGGUGUGAACAUACUACUGGAAUCCACUCAGCUUGAGCUCUGCUGUCUUUCAAGUAAAAGGAGGCAACGAGAUACAGAGACAUUGUGACAGUAGGACACAACAGAGUGUGUCACUGCAGCAGAGGAGAUCUGGACGUGAAAUAAAGUUGUAAUAAAACGUGCAGCUCCAUGACUGCUUCAUGAAAUGUUUUGAAUGUUUUCAAACAGAUGUACAUGUACAUGUUGUUUCAUAAUGAAUGUAACCUUGAAGAGCCCCAGCAAGAAUAACUCUGAGUCAGAUAUCAAAGACAUAACCAACAUUAUUAUGUUUUCAAGCAACAGACACGUGGUUUUACUAGUAGUAGCUGAUACACUCCUGCAAAUGUCAAAACCAGAAAUGUUAAAAACAGGUGAAGCUGUGCUGCAGUUUCUGCUGGUUAGAUAAAGGUCUUAUGCUAUUUAUUUCUUCUAUUGUCACCACAUAGGUCAUCUGUGUGAUUUGUUCGUAGGAUCUCAUUGUGUCGUCAUACAGCACAUUGAACCCUUGUAUUGUCUGAACGUCCUGAACACUCCUCCUGUCCUCAGGGUCAAAAAUGACCUGCCUCCACUGAGCCUCUAAAAUAGAGCAGCUUAAUGGAAUUUUUAACCAAAAAUCUAUUUUACAUGAAGAAACAACCUGUCAUGCAUCACACACUUUGCGAAUGCCUGUUUUUGCUUCCUCAGAGGGUAGAAAGACUGUAUUUAAUCAGUGAACACCAUUCGUUUUUAUUCCAUUGUUCAUGCUGUAACUGUUUUCUUUCUUUAAGUAGAGGUUUAUUAUCACUAUUAUUGCUGCUAAAGGUACUGCAUAGGUGUAAACAUUUCUUGUUUUGCAGGAGAUAAUACUUCUAUAGCCUAAUAAAGUACCAGAAAUGUGCAGAAAUGAACUUGAAAUGCAUUUUUGAAGGGAAACAACAGUGUACUGUAUACUGUACAAUGGAAUAUAAAACUACAAAACUCAACUACCA